CUCCUCUUUUGAAACCCCGUUCCUCCCCCGCUGCCGUUCUCGGUGACGUCAAAAGGAGGAGAGAUUUCGGCCAAUCACCAUCGGGUAUCCGGCUCAUCAUCUAGUCAGCGUUUGCAUCAUGGAGUAGGUGAACUCACGUUGUCGAUAUUAGAUUGAGACAGCUGCCUCUCUGUUUAGUAGCCUGGAAAAGCUUUGACAGCGAGGACCAGGCUGCGGAAGCGAGUAAAGCUGCCUCAAAUAAAUCCAGUCGUUUUGCUUCUGUAGGAUGGAAACCGGAGGAGAAAGUUUGCUCAGGUCCCGCAGCCGAGCCGCCAACAAUCCGUCUACCUUCCCAGACUUGGAUGGAGGAUCUAGUCCUGGAAGACAUCCGCAUGGGAAUGGCGAUAACCGUAUCACAAGCAAUGGGAAAAUUGAAGUGGAGCAUGUGAUCAGCAAAAAACUGCAACUAAAAAGGAAAGCAGAGGACCUGAAGAGUGACCUGAUGCGUCAGUUUGAAAGCCAAGUCCAUGAUUUUAUGGACAGUCUUAUUGAAGAAUCAGCCAGCCUUGAGUCCACACCUCUACCUGCAGCCUUCUCAUCUCCACUGUCAGACAAGGAGAGGAGCAAACUUGGGCACUUUCGGCCUCCUCAUGGCCACGGGAAGCACUUUGUUACUCGGAGAUCCCUGCUUGACGAGCUGUUUGAGGUGAACCACAUCCGUACCAUCUACCACAUGUUUAUUGCCCUGCUCAUUCUCUUUAUUCUCAGCACAUUUGCAGUCGAUUUCCUUGAUGAAGGCAGGCUGGUCUUGGACUUUCACCUGCUGGUCUAUGCAUUUGGACAGUUCCCUCUAGUGGUGUGCACAUGGCUUUGCAUGUUCCUGUCUGUACUGCUGGUUCCCUACACUUUAUUCCAACUGUGGUUACAAAGCCAGUCGGACUCCCGUGGUCAGCAGAGGCUGUACACUUGGCUGUUUGGCUCUGCGUUCCUGCUCUACCAAGGCCUGGGUUUGGGAUUCCUACCAACAUAUGUGGUGGUGACCAACAGUUUGCCACCUGCUUCUUGCUUCAUCGUCACCAUAGAACAGGUUCGCCUGAUGAUGAAAGCUCACUCCUUUGUCAGAGAGAACGUGCCAAGAGUCCUAGCCUGGAAAAAAGACAAGACAAGCAGUGGACCUGUGGUUCCUCAAGUUUCCCAGUACCUCUACUUUUUGUUUGCACCAACUCUCAUUUAUAGAGACAAAUACCCUAGAAACUCGGUGACCAGAUGGGGCUAUGUGGCCUCAAAGUUACUUCAGGUACUUGGCUGUCUCUUUUAUACCUACUACGUAUUUGUGCGGCUGUGCAUCCCACAGUUUCGCAGCAUCAGUCUGCAGUUGUUCAAUCUGCGCGCUAUGGUCCUUUGUGUCUUUAACUCUAUACUGCCAGGUGUUUUGGUUCUCCUGCUGGGUUUUUUUGCCUUUCUCCACUGCUGGCUCAACGCUUUUGCUGAGAUGCUUCGCUUUGCAGACCGAAUGUUUUACAAGGACUGGUGGAACUCGACAUCCUAUGCCAAUUACUACCGUACUUGGAAUGUGGUGGUCCAUGACUGGCUGUAUUACUAUGUGUACAAGGACUUCCUUUUGAUAUCUCAGAAGCGUUUCCGUCCAGCCGCCAUGUUUUUUGUGUUUACCGUGUCUGCAGUGGUGCAUGAGUACAUCCUUGCAGUCAGCUUCGGAUUCUUCUAUCCGGUGCUUUUCUGCCUCUUUAUGUGCUUUGGAAUGAUGUUCAACUUUAUUUUCCACGAUCGAAGGAAAGGCCCCAUUUGGAACAUAUUAAUGUGGACGUCCCUCUUUCUGGGUCAGGGGGUCAUAAUGUGUCUGUACUCUCAAGAGUGGUAUGCCAGACGGUACUGUCCACUCAAAGAGUCUUCAUUCCUGGACUUGCUGAAACCUCGUUCGUGGAGUUGUCAGAGAGACCUAAUGGCUGGACCCGAUAAGAUAAAAUGGGACUACUGAGAGGAACUCCAUCACCAAUCGAGAUGGACUCCACUGGUUCUCCUCUCACUGUCAUUCUUAACUUACUGCAUUUAAAAAUGAUGAGUCCUACAGUGUGUGAAUGAACGUAUUGGAGAAUAUCUGCUGAGAUGCCAAAAUCGCAACAUCAAAAGUGCCUUAUUUAUUGAGUUUUCAGCUGCCAUUUCUCAACAGAAGUUCACAUUUAUAUAUAAAAACAUUGAAGCACAAACUUGAAUUUUCUUUUCUUAUGGGUCCAUAAUGCUUUGGGUCCACUGUGAAAUCACUCCUUGUGCAAACAAUGACAUGGCAGCUCAAUACAAACAUUACACAAUGAACACAUUUUCUGCAUGUGAUGUAAUGGUUAAUAUUUACCAAGGUAGUAUGUUGUAACUUGGUAAACUGUGAGUUAUACUAAAAGAAAUGACCUUAGUUUUAUUAUCAUUUGGACUUUUUUUUUGUUAAAUGUUUGAUAUUUUGGAAUUCAAACAUUCUCCCCAGAUAUCUCUCAUGGAUAUGUCACUGUAAAUGAGAUAUGGUGGGCUUUGUAUUAUUGGGUGACAGGAUAUUAGAGUAUAUUUAAUUAUUCACUUAUUAAGCACAAAUGAACUCCUCUGUUCAUCUACGAUGUCACAACAACGAGAUGCUUUGGUCACUAACAAUAUUUUUGCAAAACUCAAAGUAAUUACUUGGUUUACAAAAUAUUUAAGACAUGAAGGUUGCUGUAACUACUGAUAUUUUUGCUGAAUAAACUCCUAAAUUAUGUAAGUACUUGGAAGUAACAGACCAUAGAACAUAUUUAAUAUUUUUGA